AUGAGGAAGCCUCAGAAAGGGACUCGCCCGUACAGAAACAUCCCUUACCCUAUCCCUAACGCCCCCGUCCUCACCCAUCUCAUUCAGCUGACUCCCAACUUCUAUAUCCAAGGGAGGAAUCCAGGUGACAGCGGGGCUCAAAGUCAGGCCAGAUGGGCUGGAAGAUGGGGUACCGGCGGGAAUGAGGAAGUUACGGCGCGCUCCCCGCCCAGGAGAGAAAUCCCGAAAUCUGGUAGUCCCGAAGUCAGAAGGCCGGAGCAGCUCCAGCCAGACCCCGUCCGGGAUCUCAGCCGCGCCACAUCCCCGGCCCCUCACCCUGGCUGCGGGUGCCCGCACCCGCGCGGGUUUGCAAGCACGGGGAGCAGAAAUCAGCGAGGAGCCCACACCCCAGAAGGCCGGGGCGGGGCCGGGGCUCAGGGCCUGCCCUCGGGGGCGGGACGGGCCCCCGGCCUCUCCUCCGCCGGGUGUCGCGUCAGCCGCGUUCCGCCUCCACCGCCCUCCGCCAGCCCUGCGCUAGGGACGCCCCGGCCCGGCCCGCCCACUCCCCAGGGCCGUCCUCUCCCUCUGGAUAGACGCCCUCGGGGCACAAGGCUUUCAAGAUCCAGCACCCCUAGUGUGCGAUCUAGGGUGCGCACAUUCCUCUACUGCGCGCGCGCGGUCCUUGGGUCGUCUGGUCUCCAGCGCUGCCUGGAAUCAGGGCGGAACCGGCGACAGUGGCGAGGACCUGCCGGUGUGCCCUUGCUGAACCCGAACAUUUGCCGCUCAGUAGGGAUUAGCCAGACGCUGAGGUACAGUGACAGACCAACCUCAGAACCUGCUUACCUGUCAGCGCCAGUCUAGAAAAGACUUUUUUUUUUUUUUUUUUUCAGA